CAGAGCGAGAAGGGAACAAUAAAGAAAAUGAUGACAGCUCGCAGCUUCAGUAUCGUCAUCGUCAUUUGUCUGAACUUCAUCCUCCAUCAAUGUCAUGGGUUCGAGGUGAAUCAGCCACAGUUUCAGACAGUAAACCCGGAUGGAUCUGCCACAAUCAGCUGCGAAUACACCGCCGACAGCGCCUCUGUUAAAGAUGUCCGACUCAACAGCAUAACGAAAGGAAACAAGCGGCACAUGCUCUGCAUGAAGGGAAUGACACACUGUAAAAACAUUACCAUGCAUUCAGAAAAUCCCAAGAAGUGGCUCUUCAUCUUACUCAACAUCGGGCCAGAGGCCAUGGAUGUGGAGUACGAGUGCGAGUUCACGGUGACAAUAAAUUAUCUCGAUGUCGAAAGGAAGGGGAGGACUCCAACCAGACUGCAGCGAGGUCGACAGGAAACAGGAAAGAGCCGCGUCACUCCACCUCCAGAUUCUCAUCAGCUCAAUCAACUCAGCUGGAUUCUUAUCGGUCUGCUCACUGUCAUAUUCCUGUGCGGCUGUGUCCUCGCCUGCCUCUACAUCAGCCUGAGGGUACAGAAACAGCGGCUGUGCUCCAGCUCUCGCCCCGCGUUGCAGUACAACAACAACACGGAGAACAGCACCUACGUGGAAAUGAGAAAAGCUCCUCCGCUGACGAACAAGGGUUUCUACAUUUACAACUGACAUGUGUGGCUAAAUGUCAGCAGAGGGUAAACGUCCCAGAUUUUCAUGCAGUUAUGGGGUCAUGGUCUGAAAGGGUUUCCUCCACCUGCCUCUUUGUCACAUGUCACCGUUGCAGUACCGCAGUUUAACACCAGAGUGAGACAAAGACUGUUCAAAGGGAGGAUGCUCUCUCUCUCUCUCAUUUGUGCUUUUAUUAGUGUUCAACCAUUGCUUCCAUUAUACUACUUAAAGGAAGCUCAAGUAUAAUAUAAUACUAUUACAUUUAAUCUGCACUGUCAUAAACUUUUGUUAAUUUUCAUUGGGUAUCUAAUGUAGCUUAAUUUUAAAUUUUACACUUUUUACGGCACCAGGUCGUCCCAGGUGGUGUUUUUUUUUAUUAUUAUUUUUUAUUUACCAGUUGUGUUUGAGAGAACCUAGAUCGUUCGAGAGGAUUUCAUUCUUUAGGACAGAAAUCGAAGGAGACAUAGAAUUUUACAAACUCUUAUUCCCUAUACUCACUGAAAGUAGAAAAAGUAGUCCCUCACACUCAUACUUCAUAUGCACAAAUUCACUUAAAAGUGAAUUAUAAUUAUUAUUUUUUUAGGAUAACAAACAAUGUGUUGCAAUGUGUGUGCAAUAAAAUAAAUAAAAUGGCUUCAGGGAGCCGAAAUUUCAUCAUUUCAUUUAAAAUAUUCCACCUUUAUUUAACCAGAUAAAAGACCCAUCAGAGAUCAAGACCUCUUUCACAAGACCAGAAACUCUGAUUUGUGAUGCAGGCCACUCCUACUUGACACAUGUGCUGCCCAUCACAGCAAUCAACCUCCACCUGGUGACAGGGAGCAAGUAAUCAGUGGGUAAUUUGACGUUUUAACCUGCACAAAAAAACAUAAAGUGAAGGUUUAAACAUGUGAAUAUCUUUAUUUCUUUUAACAGGGGUCCAUAAAAGUUCAUGUAAUGAUGGGGUGGAUCCAAAAUUGUUCCCUUCUUCCUCAACACAUUGUUUGUUAUCUUAAAGAAACAUAAUUAUAAUUCACUUUUAAGUGAAUUUGUGCAUAUGAAGUAAGAGUGUGAGGGACUGAUUUUUCUACUUUCAGUGAUCAGCACCUUUAAAACCAACAUUGAUGUUUGUGUGUUUCUUUUUCCAUUUAUUUACAAACACAAAUAAGUUUAAUAAACCUUAAAUAAUAAAGGAAGGAGGAAAAUAAUCAAAUACAUAUUGUAUAUAUGGCAAUGACCUAAAAUGAAAAUGAAUCCAGUGUGUCUUGCAUUAACUAUUCCAUCUCUUUUGUUAUUUUUUGAUGUUUGAUAUUGUUUUGUGUAUCUUUUAUUUGUCAUUUGGAAGCAAUAAAAACAUUGUAAUCAAACUAAUCCACUUGUUAAUUCAUGAUACAAACUGAAAAAAUUGAAAACAACACAAUACAGUCACAAGUGAGUAGGUCUUCAUAUAUAAAAAAAGGAUGCAAAAGUUGUCGUCACCUGUCAUGUUAAAUCUUGCAAUACACAGAACCUUGUUACAUUAAUGCCACCCCGCAAUAUACGAUUAAAAAAAGUUACGUUACUGAAAUAUGUACAAACUGGUGUUGACAUAACUGCUCACACUUUAUUUUUUGUUGUCGCUAUA